AUGCAGCAAGAAGCCCGCAACACUGAAACAUACAGACGAGGUUUGUCGAGCAGAAAGCUCGGAAACCUCCGGAACAUGCCUGUGCAGUUUGUGAGCGCAGGUCAACUGAAGCCGAAUAAACUCCAAAUUACCACGAAUGAAGAGUUAGACCAGGAGAGUGCGAUUGAAUCGGACGAGCAAACCUCAGGGGUAAAAAACCCAGAAAUUGCAAAAAUACCGGGAAUUCAAGAAGAGCCAGAGCAAGAAGAGCCAGAGCAAGAAGAGCCAGAGCCAGAAGAGCCAGAGCCAGAAGAGCCAGAGCCAGAAGAGCCAGAGCCAGAAGAGCCAGAGCCAGAAGAGCCAGAGCCAGAAGAACCAGAGUCAGAAGAGCCAGAGCCAGAAGAACCAGAGUCAGAAGAGCCAGUGCCAAUACCAGAAUUGUUAGAAAUGCCAGAACCGUCUAGAGUGGAUGGUGACAACCUCUUUUUUAUCGACACAAUAGGACAAAGUGUCCAUACGGGACUCCCCGACCCAGUGGUGUGCCCCCACACCGAUAGCGAGGAAUCGAGCGAGGAUGAAAUUGUCUUCACCGGUCGAAAUCAUCCGAGGCCUACAGUCAUGGAAACCGAUCCGGGUGAGCUCUGGAACUGCUUAGAGCCUCCUGCCUCGCGAAGGGUCAAAAGACCGAUUACAUCGGAAAGGGAGUAUUCACGGCUGGAACAGGUGGAAACUCGCGUCAAACCCCAGGCCCGACAGAGGCAACAACAAAGACAUAAAUGGUCACCGGAUGAUCAUGAUAUGUUGGCAGACUACAUUGCCAAUAUAGACCAUGAAUAUUCCGAAGACACUCAUCCAGAUGGUGGCAUUGGCAGUUUUCAAGCUCCAACAUCACAAAUGCCGUAUACAGAGUCCAGCGUAGAGGAAACUGCAAUGAAUGCAGUAUUAUCGAAAAUGCACCUGGAUAUUGAAUCAAACCUGUAUUCAAGCUCGGAGGACGAAGAUCUUGAAUCGGAUUUUCCAGAGCAAUCCGAUGUGGACGAUAAGGACAUAGAAGUGGAGACCGGUGACCUUGAGCUUCUCCAACAACAGGAAAUCGGAUAUUCCACAUCAAACAAAAGCAGCCGUAACAGGAACCCAUCAUUUCCAUCAGCUGCAGCAUUCGCAGACGCUCUCGAAUCUGACCCCUACUAUGGCUUCGAUAUUAUGGACUUUGAUCGACCAAGUCUACGGAAAAAGAGCAAGGGCAAAAAAUCGUUUACGAUAGAGGAUCUCAUAAAUUCCGAUAGUGAACUUGAACUGCGACUACAAAUGGCAUGGCAAACGGACCGCAACAAGAAAAAAGGCAGGAAGAAGGAGCGAGAGGAAUUGCGCGCGCAGGGAUUGUUAGGCAGAAAUCCUGGGAAUGCAGAUUUAAAUAUCAAGUAUUCGAAGGGAAUGAAUCUGGAGGAACUGAUCACAGAGAUACGAUCAUUCCUCCUGUCGCCAAACACCAGCCUAUCCCUGCCACCCAUGACCAAGAACCAUCGCAAAGCGGUUCAUGAAUUGGCAACCCUCUUGAAUUUGAAAUCGAAGUCCACUGGCAACGGUGCUACCCGGUUCACCAUGCUGAUCAAAACCGUUCGCACUCCCAAGCACAGUCGGAAAACGAUUUCCCAGGUCGACAACCUGCUAGCUGGGAAGAAGCUGAAUCGUCGUAUCUAUGGAUCCUGGGGAUCGGAUGCGCUUAAAUCAGCGAAGACCACCAGGACGAAACGGGGAGCUUCGGGUGGUGGGGGUGCUUUCUCCUAUGCGGACGGAGACGUGGUCGGUGGCUCCGCACCAGAAAUUGGUGUUGGCAAUCGAGGACGAGCUAUGUUGGAAAAAAUGGGUUGGAGUAGCGGUACAGCGCUUGGUGCUAUCAAUAACAAGGGUAUUCUCCUGCCUGUUACGCACGUUGUAAAGAACUCGCGGACUGGUCUUGGAUAA